AUGGCUACUGAUGCGCUCUACCACGAAGUCGCCGAAAUUAUUCGCUGCGUUUUGGCCAAGGAAAAAAGCGUUAGAAAUGCAGUCUACGGAAGCUCGUACAAAGUUAGUUUUAACAACAUUUUUCGAAUUUUGACCCAAAAGUCACCGAUAUUUGUGGAAGUCAGACCAAUUAUGGGUUGUGCUGAAGAGAAUCCUGAGGAAAAACCGAAGUGCAACCCCUUUGGAACUCGAUUCCUCACUGACGACGCCAAAGUUUUCGAGCACAACGCCUGGGAUGACGUGGAAUGGUCCGAGGAGCAGCAGGAAGAAGCGAAACGGAUUGUAGAGAAUCAGCAGUCGAUGAAGGUUGACGAGGAGAAGGCAAUGCGUCUUUUAAGCGCCCCUGCUGACCAGUGGGAUGCGUUCUAUGCGCAUAAUGAGAAUCGAUUCUUCAAAGAUCGGAAUUGGUUGCUGAAGGAGUUUCCAGAGCUCGAUGUUAAUGAAGCUUGUAAUUCAGAGAAAGAAACAGUGAAGAUCCUGGAAGUUGGGUGUGGAGUUGGAAAUACUACGUUUCCCCUCAUGCAAGUCAACAAUUCAUCUUCCCGAUUAUUCCUACACAGCUGUGACUAUGCUCCAAAUGCAAUCCGAGUUCUGAAAUCUCAAGAAGCCUACGACCCGGAAAAGAUGAACGCCUUCGUUUGGGACAUCACUCAACCCACUCCACAAGAAGCGCCUGCUCCAGAAUCCCUAGAUUACAUCGUCUGUAUCUACGUUUUGUCUGCAAUCCAUCCAGAUAAAAUUCGAAAAGCACUGAGCAACCUGAUGUCACUUUUGAAGCCAGGAGGAACUCUUCUUCUUAAGGACUACGGUAGAUACGAUUUGACACAAUUGAGAUUCAAAAAAGAUCGACUAAUCGAGGGGAAUUUGUAUUGCCGGGGAGACGGAACACUGGUGUAUUUCUUUGAGAUGGAAGAGUUGGAGGCGUUGUUAGGAGAGUUUGGAAUGAAAAAAAAAGUGAUGCAUGUGGACAGAAGGCUCAUUGUCAAUCGUGCGAAGCAAGUCAAAAUGUAUCGGCAGUGGAUUCAGGGGAAAUUUUUGAAGCCAAACAAAAAAGCGCUGCUUCGAUUGUCGUGCGAAUCGCUGAAAUUCCGUCCAGUUUUCGAUGAAAUCCUCAAAGAUAAAGAGCUCAGAAAAAUGAAAAAUGACCCGAACAUCAAUGGAUCCGUGGAUUUGCUCUAUGUACUGAUGUAUGAGACAUUGGUCGGAUCUGGAUUGAAUCGAUGCUCACAAGAAAUGAAAUCUGUGAUUUCGAGAAGAGCAACGAGGAUGAAAGAGGUGGAAAAAGAGCUGGGAGCGGAUGGAAGAGGAAUCAAAUCGAUUAAAGAAGCGGAAGAAGGAGCAAAGAAGAUUGUGAUUCCGAGAUAUGCUAGAAUUAAUACGCUGAAAUGGACAGUUGAAGAGGCUCUGAAGACGCUGGAAACUGAGGAAUGGAAGAUUCUAGGGACAGCCAGUGUUGAGAAAUUUCCGGAAUUAGUGGCAAAUAUGAAAGAGGAUGAGAUUUACAAAGAUCCACAUGUUGAGAACUUGCUCAUUUUCGCUCCGAAUAUUCAGAAUUUCCACGAAUACUGGAUGGUGGAGCAAAGAUAUUUGAUCCUUCAAGAUAAGGCGUCUUGUCUGCCAGCCUUUCUUCUCAACCCUCGUCCAGGAUCUCAAGUUUUCGACACUUGCGCGGCGCCUGGAAUGAAAACUAGUCAUGCUGCAGCUAUUAUGGAUAAUCAAGGAAAAGUCUGGGCGAUGGAUCGUGCUGCGGAUCGUGUGGCUACUAUGAAGCAGCUGUUGGAUGGAUCAAAAGUCGCAAUUGCCAGCGCGUUCUGUGGAGAUUUCUUGAAAACUGAUGUGACCGAUAAGAAGUUCUCGAAGGUUUCAAACCCCUGUUUUCUCUCAAAAAUUCUAAUUUUUCAGGUAAAAUUUGCUAUCGUUGAUCCGCCUUGUUCUGGAUCUGGAAUUGUGAAGCGCAUGGACGAGAUUACUGGUGGGAAUGCGGAGAAGGAGCGGCUAGAGAAGCUGAAAAAUUUGCAGGCAAUGAUCCUCAAACACGCCCUAAAACUCCCGGGAUUGAAACGGGCGGUCUACUCAACUUGCUCAAUUCAUGAAGAGGAAAACGAGCAAGUCGUUGAUGAAGUGCUUCUGGAUACCUAUGUUCGACAGAAUUUCGUUCUGAAGAAAGACGUGCUUCCCGAAUGGACGCAUCGUGGGUUGAGCACUUAUGAAGUCGGAGAGCACUGUCUUCGAGCCGACCCAAAAGUCACACUCACCAAUGGAUUUUUUGUGGCUGUGUUUGAAAGGGUUAAGAAGGACCAGGAAGGAGAAGAAUGA